AUGUUCGGUUCGGUUCGGGUAACUGCCCAGUCGUUACUCGGGCCCACGGUGAACAUCCUCCCGCCAUUCGCGUUUCUCACCAAGGGCACGAAGAAGGAGACAAUGGGGAAGUUCAUGGCGAAGCCAAUGACCCUGUUUCAUUACCAGCGUGGUGUUACCUCGGGAUGUGGCUUGGGGUUGGCGUUCAGAGUCAACUUCACCUUCUCUCUCAUGCCCCAGUUUGGUACUGCUGGGUCCAAUGGCUUUGCACUUGUCAUAGCAGCAAAGCCCAAGGUGGGGAAGCCUGCUGGUGUGGGGUACAGUGGAUUGGGACUUCGGAGCAUAGCCGUUGUCUUUGACACGCUUCCGAAUGAUGUGGGCGAGCAGCACGUGGGGCUGUGCAUCAACGGCACAGAGGAGUGUUUGGUCAAGGAGGUGUCUCCAUUCACACUGACCGAUGGCGACUCAUACAAGGUGUGGGUGGACUAUGAGCCUGGGGAUCCCGGCACCAUUCAAGUGUUCCUGGCCAGUUCGAAUACAAAGCCAGACGAGCCACUGCUGCUGGGGAGGGUGUCGCUGUGUGCGGUCCUGCAGCCGGGAGUGAAGCAGCCGGCAUUCUCGUUUGGGUUCGUUGCGUCCACCACUGUCAAGGCCGUCCUGUUCAAAGAUCAAGCCCUUGGCCUCUCGCUAUCGGAGGACACAUUUGCACCGUCUCGAGGCAGCCCCUUUUCGCGCUACGUGAGUUCGGAUUUCGAGCUCUCGGCCACCAAGAAGGACGCGUGGAGGCUUCGUGACUUCCACACGUGGGACUCUAUGCGUGCUGGGCAUAUGCGGGUGGUGGCGAGUGUGGAGGCGGCAUACGGCAUUGCAAAGCAGCAGAGCGCCCCUCAACUGUCAGUGGAGGCGCUCUUCGCCCUCAUGGGGCUCUCCGACUCCGACAAGUGCUCCGCUGGCGGCUCCCCCACGCAGGCCCUUGAGAAGCUUGUGGCUCUCGAUGCCUCCAGUGGGCUCACAGGGGACAGUGACCCGGCAACAACGUACCCGGUGCAGUCGUUCGAGCGAGCGCGGUUCAAGGGGUAUGUGGGGCUCAUGAUGGCAGUGCAGAACCAGCCAGUGGUGGUUCACAUCCAGGCGUCUGCUGCCACGUUCGUGAUGUAUGAUGGGAACCGCAUUGCUCCUCCGUUUUGGAUUAUUCGCAACUCGUGGGGAGAGGAGUGGGGCGACAAGGGUCACAUACGCAUGGACAUUCAGGGAGGGGAUGGCGUGUGUGGCAUCAACGUGCUGCCUGGCAUCUACCCCGUUGUCAAGAGUGAGGCAUUACCCCGGUAG